UGUGACACUAGAGUAGCUCGAGAUAAUAUUUCUUGCUAAAGUUGCUUAACAAAAUCGAUCGCGGGCCGCGGCGCUGAUCCACUACGCCAUCGAGCUACUCAUUUACUACGUUUGAUUUUACAUAAUACAAUAAUAUGAUCCAUAUCUCCCAACUAAGGUCAACCUGAAUUUUGGCAGCUCGGAUUCCUUCAAUACUAAUAAUUUGUACGGCUUAUUCACGUUCGUAUUGAUGUCUGCGUGUACAGUACCUACUAUUUCUGAUUAGGUAAAUGCUUAAUUUCCCGAAUUCAAAAAUCACUAAAUUCGCAUAUAAUGCGUAGAGUUAUGAUUUACUUUACAGCAAGCAAAUUACUGAUCAAAAUGGCCGAGACGCCGAUGUUCACGUCUCGUGAGAAGUUGCGCAUCAACCGCAACAUUCUGGUGCUUGGGUUCGCGUUCAUGGUGCAGUUCACGGCAUUUCACGGCGCCGCCAACCUGCAGAGCUCCGUGAAUAGUGACGAGGGCGCGGGCACAUUCACGCUCGCUGCUAUAUACUUCUCCCUGAUACUGUCCAAUAUACUGCUGCCGGCAGUAGUUAUAAAAUGGCUCGGCUGCAAGUGGACAGUGGCGUUGUCUUUCAUCGCGUACAUGCCAUUCAUCGCUGCGCAGUUUCAUCCGAAACUUUACACGCUGGUGCCUGCUGGAAUGAUGGUCGGCUUCGGCGGUGGACCGCUCUGGUGUGCUAAGUGCACUUAUUUGUCUGUUGUGGCAGAACCGUAUGCAAAACUAUCUGGCGUGUCUGUUGAAGUACUGGUGGUCCGUUUCUUUGGACUGUUUUUUAUGUUCUAUCAAAUGGCACAGAUUUGGGGUAACCUGAUAUCUUCAUCCAUCCUGUCUUCCUCUUUGGGUGAAGAGUCUUAUUCAAAUAUGACGUCACUGCUGAAAAGUCUGCCGAUAAAUGAUAGCCUGCCAUUAAUAGAUGUCGGAGCGUCCUGUGGUGUUAACUUUUGUAGCGGCAGCGCAUCGCAUGAGAAUGCAAAUUUGGAACCGCCUUCUCCACUGAAGAUUCAAGUUAUUGCUGGCGUUUACUUGGCUUGUAUGGCGUCUGCAGUUUUGCUGGUCGCAUUUGGCGUUGAUUCUCUUACGAGGUAUACCGCAGGCAGGAAAACCACUUGCACUGGGAAGUCUGGUUUGCGGCUACUUGCGGUGACGCUGCGGCAACUGCGUCACAAGUAUCAGUUGCUACUGCUGCCUGUCAUCGGUUACAUCGGCGCUGAGCAAGCAUUUAUGGCCGCUGAUUUUACACAGGCGUUUGUAGGCUGCGCGUAUGGUAUCAGCAAUAUCGGCUACGUGAUGAUUUGCUUUGGUGUUUUCAAUGCGAUAGCCGCUUCGUUCGCAGGAGCCAUCGUCAAAGUCACGGGACGAUUCCCAGUCAUGGUUACCGCAUUGUUGUUGAAUCUUUGUUUGCUGUCGGCGUUGCUGGUGUGGAGACCGGAUCCUCAGCAGUGGUUGAUAUUCUACGCUCUGGCCGCUGUCUGGGGCACAGCAGAUGCAGUGUGGCUCGUACAAGUUAAUGCGUUGUCUGGAAUACUGUUUCCGGGAGAUGAAGAGGCAGCGUAUUCCAACUUUAGAUUGUGGGAGGCCACUGGUAGUGAUUUUUCCUACGCUACAGCACCUUACCUCUGCGUUAAGACCAGGUAAUAUUAUCUUAAAGAUGAGGGGAAAACUUUAAUUUAGAAUAUUUAUCAUGUAACAGACUACGGUUUGAUAAGAAUUGUCAAUGGAUUUCAUUGUUUUAUAUUUUUUUGUACCGUGAGUGGUCUCGAUGUCUCUGACUAGAAUCCCAGCUGG